AUGGCCAACUCUGACAUCUCAGCUGAGAUGCCUGCCCCUCCUCAAACUCCUAACCCUACUUCUUGUGCUGAACAAGGAUCACCAGAACCAUCGAACCCUGGGAUCACCAUCUCCCUCCUUGAAAUUGGAUCACUCCCCCCUUUCUGCUGGGCUUCCCUUCCACCACCAAACAAUAGUAUUCGUCCACUAGGAAGACCAAGGAUGGUACAGAAAUUUAGCAAUCUCUUAAGAGACGUUAAAGAUGUUCUCAAAAGUAUAGCAGGGGUUGAAGAGCUGACUACAGAAGUCAGGGAGUCUUUUGACGAUGCCAGUACUCCUGAGAAUAUGUCAGAACCUAAAAUCAGGGGUGCUGGCAGGAGAAAUAAAAUACGAUUUAAAGACCUGCUCUUUAAUUUCGACCUAGAGAAGGAACAAAGCACAAAGAAACAGGAGAUGCUAUUGAACCAGAGUACUAAGGACAUGAUGCAAGCGUAUGCACGGGAUCUGUGCAAUUCAGAAGAAAAGAGAGACUGUAGUGACACACAGCUGAGCAUGGGCAGGGGCCCGUAUGGAUCCCUUCACGUCUGUGGGGAAUACAGAAGAUUCAGAAACAACAUGGAGCAGUUACUGGAGGAAGCAGAUCACUGGAGUAGACAGCACAACGAGCUCAGUGAAAUAAUGAAGUCCUAUCAGGAGUGUCAGAAAGAAAGGGUAGAAGCCUCCGAAAAUAAUCACGUCUGUUUCCAAAACCAGCCCAACAACGAAAUACCAACCCAACAGGAGCUGGAGGCACAGGUGAAGAAGCUGAGCCAUGACACACACUCGCUGCAUUUGAUCGCAGCCCUGCUGGAGAAUGAGUGUCAGAUCCUCCAGCAGAGGGUAGACAUUCUCAGCGAGUUCCAUCUCCUCGAAGCGGGAACCCCGCACGAGAGGCCGUUGCAGAUGUACUAUGUGCAGAACAGGAAAUGUCAGAGGUCAGCGGAAGCCGACAGGAUGGAAGCAGGCAAGCAGCCCAUGAGGGCAAUGGAGGGCAUGAUUCCAAGGAAAGAAAAGAUCUACAGGAACUCGGAUGCUUGUCUGACAAAGAAGGCUAGGAAUAAUCGCUUCAACACCCGCGUUGCAAGAAAAUCUCUCUUGGGGAAAAGGAGACCCAUUAGCAGCAUCCGGUAG